CCCUUGUCUCGGGAAGGAUCUCGGUAGGACGGAUGCUGCUGCCGCUGUUUAAUGCAGCUCGGUAUGGACAUGACUGAGGACCGAGCAGGGGGACGUGUGAACCGGACACCGAGCGCAGGACACACCGAGGGACGCGGUCAACACCGCGGGGACAAACAGCAAGGGCAGUGCGGCACUCCGAGCGAGGACAGCAAGAGGAGGAGGAGGGGGUCGAGCAACCAUCCAGCCCCUGUCUACUUAGAUCCGGUUUAUUCAGUCAUAUUUUUACUAAAAGUCCUAAAAGCCAGAAUGGUACCGACCCACGCCGACUAGGACAGAUGAGAUGUUAGCUCAGCACCGCCGCCCGACAGCUCCUGCUGAACCUCCACGAGUCUCGGGCCCCCGGGUGACGGCGAGGCUCUGAUGAAAGGACUGCUAGGGUCUUUGGCGUUUUUACCGGCGCUGAUCGUGCUCGCGCUCCUGGUCGGCGGGGCUAUGGGCUGUCUCCAGAGCGUGGCCUGCAAGCCGCGGGUCCGGCGCGAGAACAUCGUGGUGUACGAGGUGUCGGCCUCCAUCGACCGCACCCCCACCGCCGUGGAGGAGAACUCGCCCAUCGUGCUGCGCUACCGCACGCCCUACUUCCGCGCCUCGGCCGGCGUCGUCAUGCCGCCUGUGCCCCGGAACGAGACGUGGACGGUGGGCUGGAUCCAGGCGUGCACGCAGAUGGAGUUCUACAACACGUACGGAGAUGUGGGCGUGUCGAGCUGGGAGCUUCCGGAGCUGCGCGAGGGUCGAGUGAAGGCCAUCAGCGACUCGGACGGCGUCAGCUACCCCUGGUACGGCAACACCACCGAGACGGUGACCAUCACCGGCCCGACGUCCAAGCCGUCGCGCCUCACCGUCAGUAUGAACGACAACUUCUACCCCAGCGUCACGUGGGCCGUGCCCGUGGGCGAGAGCGGCGCCCUGGCGCUCACCCGCGUCACUCGGGACCAGAGCUUCAUCACGUGGCUGGUGGCGCUGAACACGGUGACGCGCGAGAAGAUCCUGCUGCAGACGGUGCGCUGGCGCAUGCACGUGGACAUCAACGUGGAUCCCGCGAUGCCGCUGGGCUCCCGGGCCACCCUGGUCGGCCGGUCGCACCAGGAACAGCCGCUCAUCCUCGCCAACAACGAGCCCAUCCCGCCCAACGCGCUGGCGCGGCCCAACGCCAACGACGCACAAGUGUUAAUGUGGAGGCCCAGGAGGGGGCCGCCGCUGGUCGUCAUUCCGUCCAAAUGACUCUCAGAUGAGGAAAAGACUCUCCAGAAUGACGAGACGUGCUAAAACACGCCCGCUAGCAUCUGUAUGCCCUCUGUGGCACAGACCAAGUGCCAGAAGAUGUGACUCAAGAUGUGAAACUGGUCAAAACCAGUCAACUGACCGUGGUUUGGAGCUUUGGUUGAUUGGAAAUGUAUGAGUAGAUGUUCCAUCAGCCUGGAUCUUCAAUAGUGGACAGGCCAUCCUUCCAUAUAGGAUUGUUUUGCUCAUAAAAUUCCUCCAUAAAUAUUAAUAUGGACUCUUUAGAGCAGCUUUGAU